GAUCGCUAGUCCGCUGUGUCCCUUGGACACAGCGGAUCACGGAAAGAGACGAAGAUGUCGGCUCGGUCAUGUGAUCAGCUGUGUCCAAUCACUGAUCAUCAGGGCACUGAUGAUCAGUGUACCCUGAUGAUCAGUGUGGCCCCAGAAAUGCCACCUGUCAGUGCUCAUCAGUGCCACGUGCCAGUGCCCAUCAGUGCCACAUCAAUGCCACAUAUCAGUGCAUACCAGUGCACAUCAAUGCCACAUAUCAGUGCCCAUCUGAGCUGCCUUUCAAUGUCACCCAUCAGUGCCAGUCAGUUCCACCUAUCAGUGCUGCCAAUCAGUGCCACCUAUCAGUGCCAGUCAGUGUCGCCUAUUAGUGCCAGUCAGUGCCGCCUA